AUGAGGUUCGCUACUCCCGUCACUCUCCUGGCCGCCAUCUCAGGGACUUGCGCGAUGGUUAUUCAACGCGACAACCCCCUCGCGAAAUGCAUCAACAGCGUGACGUCUUCCCUCAACAAGCUAGACGUUGCUACCAAGUCCUUCAACGGCGACAUCCAGCCGGUUGUCGAGGCAGCCGACAAUGUCAUCGCCACCAUCCAACACGGGCAAAUGGUAACCGAUGGCACUCCAUCCAUCGGCCUCUUCAGUGCUGCGGCUCUUCUUCAGCCCGUCCAGAUUCUGGAUAAUCGCGCAAAAGUUCUUUUCGUCGACGUCAAGGGCCGAGUUUUGGAUGUUCAGAAGGCCAAGAAGUGCGAUGUCACUCGUGCCAAGCUCAGCACCCUAAACUUUGUUGGCCACAAGUUAAUCGACACUAUUCUCAACAAGAUCUCGUCCGGAUUUGCCAGGAACAUUGCUCGACCUUUUACCGAUGACAUCAAGGGACUGCUUGCCAAGUCGCUGGACCUCUUUGAGGGGGCCCGCUGUGUCGAUGCCUACUAA